UGAUUCUACAGCGCAUUUUUCAGUCAGAAACAAGCACACUACCAGCAAAUGCCAUUGCUAGAGAUCUAAAGCAGCGGUAAGGAGCGCUGGCUAAUGGUUAAAAUCAUAUUUUUUUGUGCGGAUAUUCACUUCUAAAAACAAAGUCUGGAAUGUGCGAGAGCGGAAGUGGAACUAUAUUUACAGGAGAUGUGACAGCAAAACACAAACAGUAAUGGCGGCACCUGUAAAAGACUAAGGGAUUGUAAACUAUAUACCGAGCGGCCCAGCCUGGAGCCCACAGCGAACUGGAUUUUGACAGGCACAGGGUCGUAAAGGAAUCCCGACAGAUCGCCAGCCCUGGAAUGAGAAGAGGUCUGAAGCUGGGCUGUGGACACAAUGGAUACUGAUCUUAGCCCGCAGGACCGGAAGGACUUGGACAAGUUUGUUAAGUUCUUUGCGUUGAAGGCUGUGCAGGUGAUUGUACAAGCUCGACUUGGUGACAAAAUUUGCACUCGUUCCUCUUCCUCUCCAACAGGCUCCGACUGGUUUAACUUGGCAAUCAAAGACAUCCCAGAAGUCACACAAGAGGCAAAGAAAGCUCUAUCAGGACAGCUGCCUGCAGUGGGGCGUUCCAUGUGUGUUGAAAUCUCACUAAAGACAUCAGAGGGUGAUUCCAUGGAGCUAGAAGUCUGGUGUCUGGAAAUGAAUGAAAAAUGUGACCGGGAAAUUAAGGUCUCCUACACUGUGUAUAACAGACUGUCACUGCUGCUAAAAUCAUUACUUGCUGUUACCAGAGUGACUCCAGCCUACAGGCUUUCUAGAAAGCAAGGUCAUGAAUAUGUGAUUCUCUACAGGAUUUACUUUGGUGAUGUCCAGCUCCUUGGACUUAAAGAAGGUUUCCAAGCGGUUCGUGUAGGUACUGUGGCAACUCCCAUAGGCACGCUCACUCUGACCUGCGCUUACAGGACUAAUCUGGCUUUUAUGUCAACCAGGCAGUAUGAAAGGACCCAGCCUAUCAUGGGGAUUAUAAUUGAUCACUUUGUUGACCGACCCUUCCCCAGCACAUCACACAUGCAUCCCUGCAACUACAGGGCUUCUGAAGAUCAAGGGCUAACAUACCCAGCUGUGGAGGAUUCCCAGGAGAUCUGCGCCACAUCAUUUUCCACUUCUCCUCCAUCCCAGUGUGUGUUCACGCUGAGUAAGGCACAGUGUCAGACAGCUAUUCCUGUGGUGACAGCCUCUCACAGGGUCCUGAUGAUGGGACUGGCCUCACACCAACUCUGCAGCUCUCGCCUAUCCUAUCAGCCGAUUGCGUUUGGAACGGGAUCCUCGGAAAUGGGUUACCCAGUGGCCUUAGCUGCUGGAGUGAGUGCAUCUCAUCCACACCAGAUGAUGAUGCCAGGAAAGGAGGGUGGGCUGCCUACCAUUAGUGCCCAACCUGCACAUGGUACUCAGGCUGAACAUGAACGAGCACUUCCAGCAUCUCCAUACAAUGUAGCAGGCACCACCUCCAGCAGUGAGGAUGCCGAUACACCUUCAGGCAGUAGCACAGCCGCAAGGAGCAGCUCUCCAAACAAGUCGCCUCACGUACUUUUCACUAGGAAAGUCGGGGCCUUUGUGGACAAACCCUCCCCCCAGGUCACCUAUGCCAGUACGGAUAUACCUUUUGCAGUAUUUGCACCACAGCUUGUAGACAAUGAGGACACUGAUCCUAUGGUAGUCUUCCCUGAGACUCCAGAAGAAGUGUCUCCUGUAGCUGGAAGCCUGCAGAGUUCUUGCUCCAGUACUGAGAUUCCACAAGAUGACUUUGUGAUUGUGGACUUUAGACCUGCUUUCUCCAAAGAUGAUCUUCCCAUGGAUGUUGGGACAUUUUACCGUGAGUUCCAGAAUCCUCCACAGCUCAGCAGCCUUUCCAUAGACAUUGCUGUACAGUCAAUGGCAGAGGAUUUGGACUCUUUGCCGGAGAAAUUAGCAAUCCACGAAAAAAACAUGGAGGAGUUUGAUGCAUUUGUCGAUUCUUUGCAGUAAAUGAGAUCUCUUCCAACAUGAAAAGGUCUGGAGCGACUGUAUCUGUUUAACCGAAACUCCCAGCAGCUUCUCCAUUUUGGGUGCCCCUGGCUGCUCUUCCUAUUUCAGGAAUAGUUUGUACUAUCUUUUAUUACAUUCAAAUGGCACAGCUGCUACACCUCCAGGACACGUUUAUGAACUGCACUCUUCUCUUGCACUGGACUCUUGGGUUUUUUUUUUUCUCUAUAGUAGUAAUGAAGGACAAUAUAUACUAAUGACUGUGUGCACAGGCUUUCAAAACUACGCUCAAGACUUGGUGAAGAUGAGAAGAUGGAAUUGUGGGAUUUUAUUACUAGACCAGAGACUGAUAUUUUGCUUUCCUUCUUUUACUGCUCAAAUGGCUGCCCAUAACAUUACAUAAAUAACAGAAAAAAACAAGUUAGAAAACAUAACAGGAAUAAACAACAAAUGCAAAUGAUUGCCAAUGAGAGCAGACAUUUUCCAGAAGCUGAAGACUGUUUCCAGUUAAAAUCUUCAUAGUGUCCAUAUAGUGACCCACAGCCUCUCUCUCUCUCUAUAGCUAUAUAUAUAUAUAUAUUUAUUUUGUGCUGCUCACAUUGAGAUAAAGGGAUGGUAAACUUUCCCCUUUGUAUAAACAGAUCCAGAAUGUUAGCGAUAUUUUAGAUGGAGUUUAAUUCAUCAGUUGUAAUGAAGAUGCACUUUAACUUACUUUUAAUAUAGCACUGAUAUUCAAAUACCCCACGCUCUGGCCACCCAAUUCAAAAGUAUUUUUUUUUUUUUUGGUGAGCUAAUGGUUUGAACUGUUCUGCAAUCAGUGCUCUAGCUACAGGAGCACGGGGUACAUUUAAUUUCAGCACUUAAUUAAGUUACAGCGUAUCUUCAUAACAAUGCUAACUUUCCAGAUCUGUUUAUACAAUGGGGAAAGUUAACCAUCACUUUAAGUCCACUUUCCUAGGGUUUAUUCUUUCUAUAACCUUUCUUUAUAUUCCCCCUCUCUCACCUCCGUUUUUGCUCUAGCUAGUGUUUUUUCAUCUUACCUCAUCUAUGUCUGCGUUAACGCAUGCCGCCGAGCUCCGUUUUGACAGUUACCAGCCAUCAUUUUCUCUCGUCGGCUCCUCCCUUUCUGACUCAUGCAUACUUUGGCAUCCAUUUUGUCUGCCUCACUUAGCUUCUUAGCUAACCUGCUAGUUAUUUCUCCUCGUAGAUGUCUGCAACAGUGCCUUCCCUACCAGCAGCCUCUUGCUGCUUUUGUGUAUAUAUUGAUUAGUUUCAACCUGUAAUUAAGAUAACUUUAUUUUACUGAGAUUUUGGCUGCUGGCAAAUUAGCACUGUUUUCAGACUAACGUUGUCUUCUUUUUUUUUUUAAAUCUAUUUACAUGCUAUAUCUUGUUAGAGCACUACUUAAAAUGAAUCACUUGAUCCCUAUAAUGUUACUUUGCAUAUAAUGCCUAUGUUUAUAGUGCUACGGAAUCUGUUGGCACUCUAAAUAACUGAUAAUAAUAAUAAUAAUAUAGAAAUGUAUAUCUAUUAAAUGAACUUACUAUUCUCAGUACAAUAUAUGAUAGAUAAUUUAGCAACAUCAUGCCACAUUUUAGAUUUAGCAGGCUGCCAUUUUUUUCAUGGUUGGUUUAUAAUUUGAGAAUUAAAUUACUUUUGUUCAAAAAACAAAAUACAUUUCACACAAAAUACUCAAAAGACACAAAUCCUCAUAAAAUAACCAAAUAUAUGUGUAGGCACUCUUAUUCCUAUGGUUCUGGGAACUGAUCCACAUCCCCUUACUUGGGUCUCUAACCCACAAAAUCCUACGCUUCGUAUUGUGUCUGUGUAGACUUCAUCUGUGUCAUUUGAGCCACUGAUGACUCUGAGAAGGUUUGCUAUUUGAAUACUGGUGCACGGGCCCUCACAGCAUAUAUGCGUAUGCCGCAGAAACAUAUUUUUACAUGAGCAUUUUUGCUCAUGGAAGUAUAUAGGGAACAUGUGUAUAUUUAAAAUUGAAAUGCAUCCAUGCACAUUUCAAUUUUGGUCUGUCUAUCCCAUUUGAUUCACUUUUUAAUCCCAAGGAUAUACAUUACCCUAGAUUCUGAAUAGUAACCCACUAAGCAUAGUGCUGAAUAUUUAAUCAAGAUAAGACUUCUCAGACAUAAUAUCCACAAUAAGUUAAGAGCUGAAAACCCUAGUUCCUAUCUCCAUAAUCUUAAAUGCAUCGGGUGGUUUGUUCCUGAAAAGAAAAGAUAAACUGCUUCAUGCAUUGGGCCAGUUAUUAAAAACUUUACAUUUCCAGACAUAGCUAUUGCCAAUAUUAAUGAUCUUGGCCAACUGAAAGCUGCAAAGUGAUACUUGACAUCAGUAAAAUCUUAUACUCAAAUUGCCUGUUCGAUAGGGCUGUGAAAAGAGGAGACUUGGGUAAACCUGAUCUAACUUGUUUUGGUCAUAUUUUUCUGUUCUAUGAUUUGAUUUCAAUAGCUGCCAUUUCAGCAAUAAAUAAAUUAUUCAUCAUUUUCAUUUUAAUAAAAUCAUGACUAUUCUGUCAUAAACUAGGAUAAUAUCUAUUGUACACUAAACCUGGAGAAUGUCCGUAUAACCUAGAAGCACACUUCUAAACCUACAGCUGCCUGCUGUCUAUAACCCUUUCUAUGUGUCUAUUGUAUGCUGUAAAUAUAAAGCUUUAUUCCAUGUCUUCUUCUAAUAAAGCAGGCUCAAUGGGCAAUAAUUGUCACAUACACUUCCCUAGCAGUGUUGUUGUAUUCUGCAGCAAACUCCAUGUUAACUUUCCAAAGCUUAUUAUUUUUCUCACAUCUCAGGUGAAAGUUUCAUAAUGAUCAAUCAUAAUUUGUAUUAUUGAUGAUACUGUGAAUGCUACAGCCAUGAAUAUUUGAAGGUUAUGGGAUAUCCUCUUAAUACCUCUGGCCUAUUUGCUGUUGGGUGAUGCUUCUGUUAGACUGCUUAUUUCCCAACUGCACUUGGCACAUUACAUUUUCCUUUAUACAGAACAGGAACUUUCACCAAUAAGAAUAUUCCACAGUUUUUAUUCUCCCAGUACAUACUGUCCCAACUACCAACCAGCAUUUGUAGAAUAUUAGAUGUAUAUAGUAAGGAUAACACUAAGGACAAAUAGAUGAGACCCGGUAGAAUCUAUGGCAUUACCAAAUGCUGCUGUUCUGUGAUUAGAUCAUGUGAGUAUUCUACGUAGCAGUUACAUUACCAUGAUAAGUGAAAAAGUAAUAUGUUGCAAAGUAUCAGGCUUUAGUCUGGGAAGAACUGUAGCACUUUUCUUUUCUUUUUAUUUUAAAAUGAAAUCUAUGUAUUUUAUUAUUGUAUGAUUGUUUUUAAUCUAUGUACUGUAUAUAUGAUAAUGUGAUCCAUAUUAACUGAACAAUGAAGAUAUACUAUAAAUGAACAGGAUUGUCAUGCUAUAUGGGAUAUUGGGGACACUAAGGCAACAAGCAAGUUUUAGAAAAAAUAGCAAGAUUGCUUAAAUUUACAGCCGAUGCUGAGAAAGAGUUCGACUCAAUAAUCUGGGAUCAUUUAUUUUGCUCCAUGGAAAAUUUUGGAAUUGAGGGGCAUUUUAAUUUAAUUGAUUUGUUCACCCAAUCUAUAACAAACUGUCUUGUUUGUUAAUUAAUGGUGACUGUCAUCUAACAUGGCAUUAUAUAAAGGGAUUAGACAGGGAUGUCUCCUUUCCCCUCUCCUUUUUAAUCUAGUUAUAGAGCCUCUAGGUAUAUUUUUGAGACUGGAUUUAGUUCUCUUUUUAUAUGCCUAUGAUGUCUUGCUAUUUCUUAGUGAUUCAAAAUAUAGCAUUCCUAACUUUCUCCGUUUUAAUUUCAGUUUUCAGUUCUUUUUCAGGUUAUAAAAUCAAUUUAGCUGAAACUGAAAUUCUUUGGAUUUGUAAAAAGAUAAAAAUCUCCAGCAUCAACCGUUUAAAGUUACAGAAAAUAUUAAUUACCUGGGUAUCUAUCUUCAUAGAAAUACUAAAAAAUGAUAUGAGUAAAAUUAUCACAAGUGUUUGCAGGAUCUGAAGAAAUUGUUAUCUUUAACCAUUUCAUUCUCAGCCAGGAUUAUGCUGAUCAAGUCUAUAAUUUUUCCGCAAAUUCUGUAUUUAAUGCAAAAGAUUCCUUUAAUUAUCUUAAAACGAGAUAUUGUCUCAUUCAAUAAAGCUAGUUCAAAUUUUA